AUGAAGAGCUUUAUUGCUAUUGCCUCUCUGGCCAUUGGUGCCAAUGCCCUCGUUGGCCGUAGCGACAGCUGCUGUUUCCACCUCACUGCUUCUGGUGAUAAAUCCGGCUCUCUCGGCCAGCUGAGCGACGGUCAGGUCCGUGUUGGCGAUGACUCCCUCUCCGCUGCCACCUUCUGCCUGUCCGGAGGUGUUAUCACCGAUAGCGAGGGCCGUGGCUGCGUGAUCACUACCGAGACCACCCAGUUCCAAUGCGAUGCUGGCAGCGCCGGUACCUCUGGCUUCUCCCUCAGCUCAUCCGGUGGCCUCGAGUUCAGCGGUAGCUCCAGCUUCGUCGCCUGCGCAACUGGCCAGAACGGUGGCGACAACAUCUACACUACCGAAAGCGACGCCGUCACCCAGUGCGUGAGCGUCGAGCUUACCGCUGACUCGACCUGCGCCGCUGCCUCGUCUUCCGUCGCCGCUGUCGCUCCUACUUCUACCUCAGUCCCCGUCAGCACCCCCCUGCCUGCCACCACUCCAGUUCCCUCAGGCUCGUCGCCUGUCGGUGCCUCCUCCGGUUCUGUCUCUGCUCCUGCCAGCACCCCGCUAGUCGGAUCUUCCAGCCUCGUCACCAAGACUUCCUCCACUGCUUCGGCUUCUACUAGCACUGCUGCUGGUACCAGUACUUCGUCUGCUUCGUCUUCUUCGUCGACUGUUGCCCCCGCGUCUAGCUCGACUGCUGCUAGCGCUGCUACCCGGUACGAGCUUGGUAACUUGGCCACUGUGAUGGUGGUUCUCUCCAUGGCAUCUCUUUACCUUGUUUAA